AUGGCGCCCUUUGCUCUUUUCAACCAUCGCAGCUUUCGACGCGGGCAAUCAGGUCAAUCGACUUCGGCGUCAGAGUCCGUCACUGCUCAGCAGAAGACAGUCAUGGGAGGCGUGCCGUCCAAGGCUGCCUCGAACGUCAAUGAGGCACCGCACAAGAAACUGAGACCACGUUCAUCGUCCGUGAAUCUUCUCAAGCGCAAUCGCACCCCUUCUGCUCCUACUGCGGUGCGCAUUCCAACAGUCACCCAGCCUUCUGCCAGUGUGGACACGACGACCAUUGAAGUCUCCGAAUCAGAAGCAGAUUAUACCAGAAUAUCUCUUGCACGCCGCUCCGACUCACAGUCGACUGUCAAGACACUAAGCGAUUCUGUCCACUCCCACCGCUUCGAAGCCCCUAAGGAUGACAGCUUUGAAUCGGAUGCCAGCUCAACAAGAACAGCUACGCGGGUGACCCCACCGCCCGAGGCCGCUAUCACCUUCGGUGCAGACGACGAAUCAAGUGGCAUGAGCACGCCUGUACCGCCUCGUCCACCCAAGACAGCUCAUAUCCAACUUCCUACUCCUCCAUUCUUGACUGAAGACAGUCCUACCAAGUAUGGCUUACGCGUCACUCAUUCUCCCUCUCCUGAUCGUGCCAUGGCAGCCACUCAACGACAGAAGAUGACCGGUGCUGGUCUCUUCGUGGUAUGUGAUGCACUNCAUUUGUCUCGUUCUCCAACGCCUCGACUAACAUACNNUAGAAAGCAUGCUGCUACUCAGCAAAGGUCCACUACCUUGACUCUGCCAGUCGACCAAGCAAGAUCGGGUGCCACGAACCCUACACAAUCGUUCGCUCACAGUUCACCCACUCUGCCUCUGCCCGACAAGACGAACAUCAAACCUGAUCAGUCAAACUCGUUGCCCAGCCGUAAAUUGCAAUCCAAUCACAAUCGUCCCUUCAAAGAUGCGCCUCAAGAGCACGUCGCUCACGCACUUCCCCUACGAACUUCGCAGAAAACAUGCUAUCGUGAGCACGACCUUUGGCAGCGCAUGGGUUCCNNAAACUACAAACAUCCAGUCUCUUGUGCUAUCUGUGACGGGUACGAACCGCCUGGCGACGAUUUCAUGACCUGCUUAUGGUGUGAGGUUCAUGUGUGUGGACGAUGCCACGCAGCAUUCGUGAGCAAUGGAAUGACGGGUAUGAUGGAAAGGCAGCAAAAAGAUGAUACAGUUGAUGUCGAAUCGAUGUGA